UGGUACGUUCGUUCAUUAGUUCAGUUUCAGUUCUGUGCAGCUGUUCAUAUUUGAUUGUCCUGUGUGCUAGUGAUUUUUCGACAUUUUUAUAACGCUUUAAAUUUUUGUGAUCAUAGCCAACGGUUAUAUUCUAAUCCAAAAAUCUUUACUGUGAACGAUUCGAAACAAAUGCUUACAUAGACAUCUCGUGCGUCGUGCACCUUUUUCGUGACGUAACUGGAUUUCUAACAAAUAACUGUCCGUGUAGCGCUAACAAAGGUCGUGGCGACUAAUGGUUGCCGUUUUUAUGUGUUCGGGUGAAUUUUGACGGCGCGAUGUGGGAAUCUGAUUCUGAUACGGGGUCCCGCAGCGCGUCUUCGGACGGGCUGCGGCGACGCCAAGGAUGGGACCCCGAAGCGGAGAGCUUGGCCUCGCAGAUGGACGAGCUGGACGAGGUUCUAGCCGAGGAAGAGGACGGAUGCCCCUUGCCGUCCACCCCCGAGGAUCAGCACCUGCUCGAUGCCGAGAUGGCAGAAGUAUUGAAAGCGGGUGUGCUGUCCGAUGAAAUUGACCUUGGUGCGUUGGCACACAACGCCGCUGAGCAAGCUGAGGAGUUCGUCCGUAAAGUAUGGGAGGCGUCGUGGAACGUGUGCCACUUCAGGCACCUGCCACGCUGGCUGCAAGACAACGACUACCUCCACAAAGGACACAGACCACCACUACCGUCGUUCAGCGCGUGCUUUGCGUCUAUUUUCCGAAUUCAUACGGAAACCGGCAACAUCUGGACACAUCUACUAGGCUGCGUGGCCUUCAUCGGCGUGGCCAUCUACUUCCUGUCGCGACCCUCGAUCGAGAUCCAGAUGCAGGAGAAAAUGAUUUUCGGAGUUUUCUUUAUCGGUGCCAUAGUGUGCCUUGGAUUUUCGUUUGCAUACCACACCCUGUACUGCCAUUCAGAGAUGGUCGGGAAAUUGUUUUCUAAGUUGGAUUACUGUGGAAUAGCCCUGCUAAUUAUGGGCUCAUUUGUUCCAUGGUUGUAUUAUAGUUUCUACUGCCAUUACAGACCUAAAAUAAUAUACUUAUCUGUAGUGGUUGUGUUAGGAAUCCUGUCUAUCAUAGUGUCCCUCUGGGACAGGUUCUCAGAACCUCGUUUGAGACCUCUCCGAGCAGGAGUGUUCAUGGGCUUUGGUCUGUCAGGCAUUGUGCCUGCCAUCCACUAUGGCAUUACUGAAGGUUGGUUCAGCCAAGUGAGCAAAGCAUCACUGGGCUGGCUAGUACUUAUGGGGUUGUUAUACAUAUUGGGGGCUAUGUUCUAUGCCCUGCGUGUACCUGAGCGCUGGUUCCCGGGCAAGUGUGACAUCUGGUUCCAGUCCCACCAAAUAUUCCAUGUACUUGUGAUUGUGGCUGCAUUUGUGCACUACCACGGUAUCAGUGAGCUCGCAUCAUACCGUGUGACUGUAGGGGAAUGUUCCAUGCCUCCCUCGUCGAUUGCAUUCUAGCCCCUCCCUAUACCAAAUGUGAUAGUAGACCAUAGAUAAAUUUAAGUAGAAUUACAAACAUUCGAUAGCUUCACUGUAUAUUUUUUAAACAUAUAAACUACGAAUUUUUGUAAAUUUUUUAACAACAUGGCAAAGAUAAUACUGGCAACAACACUAAUGCUGAUAAAACUAGAAUUCAUACUUAGUGAGGCUGAAACGUGGGUUCACAUUGGGAUGUAAAUCAAGGGGGGAUAGUAAAUGUUAAGCGUAUGUCAUAGUUACUUGUUUAUUUAUUUUAAAAAUUAGUAUUAGUGUAUGAGUAGUUAUUGUUUUAGUACUUUCUAGUAACACUAUUUGCACCAGGGACUGCACACUUUAAAAUCACUUAGCAAAGAUUUUUUAUAAAUUUAUUUCAAUUGAGCUGUGUUAAGAUGUCAUAGUGUACUUAAAUGAUGUUUUGUUUACUUAUUUUCUUUGUUAUUUGCACUUAAAAUUAAGACCAGUGUUAGUAGCAUAGACAUAGUUUGGACCACAUGUGCAAUGCCCUUUCACUGUUCUUCCAUAUUUGUAUAAACAAGUCCACAGUUAAAUUAUCAUCCUUCAAUUUUUUGGCCUAAUUAUUAAACAUCUUUACAUCUUUGAAUGUUGAAAGGCCUUUUGUUUUGAACUAUUACUAUCAUUUCAUUUAAUCAAAGUUCCUAUUUAUUUCAUUAUCAGUAUUGAAUAAGCAGUUAACUAACAAGCAUUGCAUAGAAUCUCAAGUUAUCUAACCAACAUUCAUUUCAUUCUUGCCUCUUUGUUUGUUAAACCUUCUUUACACAUUACAGCUACAGAUAAUUUACUGGUCUAUAACUAACUUGCACAAUGAGUACAUCAUGUCAAUUAUAAGAUAUAAAUUGUUGUUGUUAUAAGAUUGACAAUUAUAAAUGUAUUUAAAUGGUGUACUUAUAAGUGUACUGGUUUUUGUAAGUUUUAAGUAACUACAGACAACAUUCCAUCAUUCUUUAAAAAUAAUUAUUUAAUGUUCUAUUUUCUGAUUUUAUUUUAACAUUGCAUAUAUUACUGGGCACUAACAUCAAUCUGCAUCAAAACUGUGGUCGACAUUAGUUUUAAAAAUAAAAAUAAAUAAUUCAAAGUAUAUUCUAAAUUGUUAUAAGUGUUCAUAAGUGUAAAGAUUUUAUGAGACAGAAAAUGUAAAAAAAAGAAUAAAAAGAUUUUGUGAUGUAUAUUGCAAAUUAAGCUCUAUUGUCUUGAAAAGUACAUUUAUAUUGGUAUGUUGGAUGGAAAGCUUAAAAAUUAUGUAAGUAGAAAUGUUGAUAUGGUAAUUAAAGAAAAAAAAAAUAUCUCAUAAAAAUAUUGUAAAGACAAUGUCUUACAUAAUUAUAAAGUUAAAGAGUAAGUGUAGCGGUAAUGCUGCUUUCUGUUUACCUAGUUUGAAUGUAUUCCGGACUCCAGUACUUGGCAUAUCAAACAACAUAAGUCGGAAUUGGACUGAGGAUAAAGACAAUAUAAUUAAAUGAGAAUUUUGUUUUGGGAAUUAUGUACGUAAUGUCUGUGGUGCCUUGCAGGGGUCAUGAGACAUUAAUAACAGUAUUUUACUUUUGCAGAGAUUAUAACUUCUUAUUUAAUUUGAUAUAAUAAUUUGUAGACCACACCAGUCUCCUAGUAUGUAAAUGAAAUGUCUUAUCGAUUUGAAUUUUUGUGGCACAUGUUUUUUUUAAUCGAUUUUUGUAAAAUACAUUGUCUUGAUUUGCUGAAUUGCUUUUACUGUUCUUGUGACAUUUGUUGAUUACUUGUUUUUGGUGGGAUUAAAAAUUAUGCAAUAAACAUUAAAAUAAAUUA